GCUCAAAAACAUCGACAUAGAUUCGCGUUUUUUUUUCACUUGCCGGGGUAAAUCAAGUGAGUCAAUACGAAUUUCUUGGUCUUUUCGGCCUUAGAUUGUAGAGAUAAAGUUAAAGAAUUGACCUAAGAUACCGAACUUCAAGAACUUUCGUUCCUGAGCAGCUUGUUGAUAAAGUUUGCUACUUUUCUUGAGAAGUCAAAAAGAUGCCAGACGAUAAGCCGGUAGGAAGCAACCGGAGUGCCAGCGCUCCCGUUUUGCAGAGAUUCUCACAGUAUGAAGCUGGUCCAAGAUACUCAGUCACGGGAAAAUGGAAGGUCAUCGAGAGAAACCAGAACAUCCCAGCUGCGAACAAGUACUUUACACGAUUGAUUUGAUUUUUUUUCAUCACGACAUAGAUCUGUAUCUAUCUUUACCUAUUAAAACCACUAAAAAUGCAUCAUGUCUUUUAGCAGUAACAGAAGCAGAAUACGAUACCGUUUCUUUUUUUCAGCCACAUGGAUACCAUGUCAGGGCAAAAAUUUUGCAAAAAAAUCCAAGGUACGAUGUGCGGGAAAUGACGAAACACACCUCAAAAUACGGGCAGCUGACGUAUUCAUGCAGCUUUGGCUCCGCAAAACGGUGGGCACGAAACUACGGUGACAACACAACGGGCGGACCAGGUAUAGUUUGAUUCCAUUUGAUGAAAUUGUCAAUGCGUAAUAAUUUUGGAGUGCAUGACGAUGACAGACUUCCACUUCAUCGCCUGUUUUGGCUCCAUCGACAGACAGCAAUCAUUCUACAUCCACUCUUCAGGUCAAUACGAGACGGCACGCAGUACGAUUCGACGGAGUGACAUUAGUUUCGGAAAGAGCACACGACCAGACAUUACAGGCUUGCCAAAAUCCAUCCCAAAGUGCCCAGGACCGGGUCAGUACGAGGUAUGAACACGAAGUUGAAAAAUUAAAAUUAAUGUUUUUGAGCGAGAUUUUCCAAUGGGAAGCAACGCGACACCGAAAGCAAAAGAGUAAUCAUGAUGAUACUGCAUGACAGGCAGCACAUCCAUGAAACAAAAACUACAGGUUCGGGACAAAAACAACAAAAACGACCCGACGCUUUCCACGCUUACGAUCAAGUUUGUAUGCAUUGCAAAUAUGUCUGGGUCUGGAAGCUUGCAACUUCUAAUGCUGUCUUUAGAUUCAAAAAAAAUCUGUGUUGCAUGACCAGCAAGAGGAAUCCAGUUGGGGCUACGUGAGGAGGACAUUUCUCAUGCGGUAGAGGCAUCACUAAGUCCUCUAAAAAUCUGUGAUGCUAGGGCAUGCAUCACAGACAUCAUGGGUCAUGCGAAAUAUGCAUGACAAACCUGGCACUCUUCCAGACCCAGACAUAUUUGCAUUUGAUAGUUUGCGGGUCGACACAACUGGUUCUACGAGAAUCCCGAAGACGACAAACGGCCGGGGCCGGGCAAGUACUAUCAAAAGGAAAAGUCCCCCCUCCCCAUAUCGAAAACGAAAUUUGUGAUGCUGGAUUUGAGUACACAAAUCAGAUUUGUCUUGCUGAAGAGGACUGCAGGCCCACAUCAAGCCUGAGUAGAGAGGUUUUGGCCUAGGCGCUUAGCAUGAGAAGCGUCUGCGCUGUAGGCCAAACAGCACCACAAACCGCCUGCAUAAUGCGGCGGAGCCUGUGGAAUUGCCUUCUUGCAAGACAGAGAUCAUUUGUGGUCGCAAAUCAGCAUUGCAAAUUUUCUGCGACGUACCUUUUCGAUGUGGGGAGGGGGAUUUUUCCCUGGGAUAAGUACAGCCUCAACUUCACACAGGUGGAAGAGCCGGUCGGUACGGAAACCAAGAUUGGUACGGGCUUGCGGCCAAGCAUGGAAUCGCACUUGGGCGUGAACCCAAAGGCACCGGGCGUGGGGCCGGGUCAGUACAAGGUACAAAUAGCUACGUUUGUUAUGCGUGAUCUAGUUGGAUAUGCGCUCUUCGCAUUUUUACGCGGAAAGGAAAUUGCGUUGCAAAUUACAAUCAAGACAAAUAAUGAAACAGCAUUUGACGACACUGGGUGGCGCCAUCGUGACCCCGUACGGCAACGCACCGCGGUACAGUUUUACCACGGCUUCCUACCGAACAAAUAUCCCAGAGCAAAAAGCUGGCAUGGCAUAUUUGUAAUGCAAAAAUAAAUACACAGAAAAAGAAAAACUUGUCAUGGGCGGCCCUAUAGAAUGCUGUUUCGGCAGAUAUGCCAUGUUUUUUUGUGUAUUUAUUUUUGCAUUACCUGCCAGCUUUUUUCUGUGUGAUAACAAAGACGAGGCACAAGGAGGAUCCGGACAUGAUCCUGCAGCCCACGCAGUUCCCCAAGGGCGGAUUCCAGGGGUAAGUGGUGCUAGACGAAAAAGGGGCCAGUUCUUGGGAAGAAAGAUUUUAGUUUCGAACUAUGUGACUUUAGAUGAUUCAAAAAUGCUAAAAACGGAGAGGUGGUGGUUCAAUUUACAAUGUUUUAUGCGGUCGUUGUUGAAAGCUUUCGUCAUAAUGGGUGUGUUUGUCGAGAGGAAAGUGUGUUAUUUUAUUCUUUUUCUUUGCAUUUUUCACAGCUAUCUUUACAGGGCAGUCCAAUUGGGGGUUGUCGAUGUAAAUAGAGGCGGAUGUAAAUUAUUCAAUGUUGUAUGUAUGAUCAGACUCAAUUUUCGCACGUAAAUUUUGAAGUUGAAAAAUAUACCAGAUUGUAAAGCACGACCAAGAGCUCGUUCCUCUAUGCAUUCAAACAACUGUAUCAUUUUUGUCCCGGUUAAGUUUUUAGUGGAUUUGAUUUUCGCAAUUUUUACCUUGUAUUUUACUAUUUCGAAAUUCGGUUUCUGCAGUAUCUUCUUGUAACUCUAUCGUUCAUAAUAUCUGUGGUUCAGGUACGCACCUUUAUGUAAAAUAUUUUUAGAUUGAUGUUUACUUUACUGACGCUGUAGUUGGACCGAUAAUUCUAGGAUCAGGGACGCAGUGCGCACACUUUUUCGGGCCUAAUAACACUGCGCGUCACGAUCUUCGAGCUGCUGCCGCACAACUACUAGAAAAAGCCUUCCUGGUUUGCGAACCUGACCAACGCGUAGUAUUGUCAUUAAUCAAAUGGGAAUAAGAUUGGAAAAUACG